AGGCCCCUUCUCCCUAAGUCCGGGUGGGUUUUGUGCAGGAGGGGCGGGAAUGGAGCGGUGCUGGGCGAGGCUGCGUGGUGUGGUGCGGUGCCUUCAGGCCUUUGGCCCCGCAGCAGGGGCGGCCUGUGCUUGGUGUGCAGAGUGCAGUUGUGUAGAUACUGGUACUGCAAAGGGGCCUGUGUGUCCCAGGCUGGGGAGUGAGUGCUUGUGAGCGUGCAGUUAGGGACACACCGGCCGCCUAGGCUGCUUCUAGGCUGGGGCACUUUCUCCACCUAGGUGCCCCCGGGGAGUGUGGGUAGAUCCUGCCCAGAGGAGGAAGCUCAGGGGCUGGUGGGCGCCUAGGCCUCUUUCUGGUGAGUAGAGCCGCAUCCAUGAGGCCACUGACCCCACGGUUACCCCAGAACCCUUUCCUGGCACAGCAUAUGACCAGGGGCAUGUAGCCCUUAAGGCAAGUUUAUUGUGAAGGGUGGAUUUUGUCUCCUCUAAACCCUCUCUUCAGGAGUGCUCCUUGCUGCGCCGCCCACAGUUGGCCCUGAGUGUUCCUAUCGGGCCCGUUCACUCUGGGGUGGAUUAAACCACCUCCUGGAGGUUGCCCUCUAUCCCCACUGUGCAAUGGGGGGUUUGUGCUGCGUGCAUUUCUGUCUGGUCUCUGAGAGGUAAGGUCCAUAUUUUAACAUAGAACCAGUUUUUCCGCCUGACCGUAUAUGUUUGCUUUUCCUGUUUUGGUUUUGCUGGACACAUAAGUCAUCAUCCAAAUGCCUGCCACUUAACAAGAGGGGACUUGGGCUGGGCGUGGUGGUUCACGCCUGUAAUCCCAGACUUUGGGAGCCUGAGGCAGGUGGAUCACCUGAGGUCAGUAGUUAGAGACCAGACUGGCCAACAUGGCAAAAAAACUCUGUCUCUACUAAAAAUACAAAAAUUAGCUGGCCGCGGUGGCGCACACCUGUAAUCUCAGCUGCUCUGAAGGCUGAGACAGGAGAAUCGCUUGAACCCAGGAGAUGGAGGUUGCAGUGAGCCGAGAUGGAGACAUUGCACUCCAGCCUAGGCAACAAGAGCAAAACUCCAUCUCAACAACAAACAAACAAAAACUAGGGGGGCUUAGGUGGAUGUCACAGUGUACUCUGAGAUGGAGCCACUUGUGGUGGUCUUGGUAGUCCCCUAGGCACAUCCCAAAGGCCUGAGCUCCUCUGCUGAGGCAGCAUGGUGGGAGCGGGACUCUGAUGGCCUCUGUUUGGGCUAGUCUGAAAGUGUCUGAGAACUGGGGGCUUUUACUCAGAGUGACAUUGGUUGAUUGCUGCAUGUGAGGCUGGUUGAUCUCUCAGUUGCUGACAGGUAGAACCUGUGGCAGCAGGACAGCCCAGCACUGGCCAUGGGACAUUGACCACAACCAUUGCAACUUCGGCAUUAAAUGGGGCUGGAGAGAGAACGUUAAGGUAUCGUUCAAAGGACACUAGAGGUCUUGGAUACCUCUGUAUGCCUGUUCUUUAUCUCAUCCUAAAAGAUCUUCCCAGAGUUCUACUAGGGCGAAAUCAGACCUUUUGCAUGGUUAUAAAGGCAGGGUGUGCAAAGGAUGUGGCAUGUGCCUGGCACUUGGCGAGUGAUCAGCCCUGGCAGCUGUUAUUAUCGUCGCUGUUACCGGCUUUAUUGCCCUCCUUUGUACGUUCAUCUUAGAGCUCCUUGAGGGCAGGACCUGGGUCAGAACCCUUUCUUGGCUACUUCUCCUCUUCCCAACCCUCUUGGGGACAAGUCUGGUUUCAGCCCCAUGAAGCAGCUGGGAUGGGACAUCCUUACCAGGCUGCAGCUAUGUUCAGAGCAGCCUGGUUCAAUACAGUAGCCAUUAGCGUCAUGUGGCCAGUUAGAUUCAAAUAAAACUUAAACAUUCAGUUUCUCAGGUGCCGUAGCCCCCUGUCAAGUGCUUGGUACCCACGUAGCAUUGGUGACUACCUAUUGGACAGCACAAGGUAGAACCUUUCCAUCAUCACAGGAAGCUGUGCAGAGCUGAAGUCUCAGGGCCUACAGCAUCAGUAUCAUCCUCACUGUGGCUCAAUAGCCACCAGCCAUCUCCUGAGUGCUGGGCUGGCAAGACAUCUGUAAUUACACAGAAACCGAGUCCCACAGCCCCUCCUGAAUUUCCUCUUGGGUAGGCUUGCUCACCUGGCCCAGAAGGUUGUUUCCUGGCAGUACUUAUCAGCCUGGGGUGGGAGGGCAGGGCCGGGAUUGCCCAAAUGCAGCUCCCGCCUCCUGUUCCCACCCUGUUUCUCCAGCUGGUCCUGCCUGGCAAGGAAUCCCAGAGUGAUCUUCCUAAUUCACUGCUGUGGCCAGGGCUGAGGUGGCCCAGACACUGACCCCACUGCUUCCCUCGUGUGCUCUGGACACAGUCUCUCUCUUCCCACCCACCCCGCUCUCCACCCGGACACCUUGCUUCUCUCACUCCAGGCUCAACUUAUGUGACUGGUCCUCCAAGAAGCGUUUUCUCAUCUCUCACCCAAAGUGAGCUCUCUUGCCUUGGCAGUGCCCACCCACAGACCCCAUUUUUGGCACUCAGCAGCUUCCUCUGUGGGCAGCCAUGAACUCCAGCCGCCCGGAGCCGGGUCCCCAGGCACCCCUGAGCCCCCGCCUUCAGCCCCUGUCCCAGAGCUCUUGCAGCCUGCUGGGUGAAGGCCGGGGUCAGAGGUCAGAGCUCUGCAAGAGGGCCAGCAGCACCGUGUGGCAGGCCCAGCUGGGCGAGGCCAGCACCAGACCCCGGGCCCCAGAGGAAGAGGGGGACCUGCCUGAGAGUAUGGAGCCGGCACGGGCCUCUGGCCCUGAGGCACGACCCAGUGCUGGAGGUCACUGGCGGAGCAGCACUGUGGGCAAUGUGUCCACCAUGGGCGGUGGUGACCUGUGUCGCCUGCGGGCCCCCAGUGCAGCUGCUAUGCAGAGGAGCCACUCGGACCUGGUCCGUAGCACCCAGAUGCGAGGACACAGUGGUGCCCGGAAGGCCAGUCUCAGCUGCUCAGCCCUUGGCAGCUCCCCUGUCCACAGGGCUCAGCUGCAGCCGGGUGGUACUUCUGGUCAGGGUGGUCAGGCCCCUGUAGGCCUGGCAAGAGACCUGGCUCCUGAGGAUGGGACUUCUGACUCAGCCUGGAUGCCGGGGGCAAGUCAGGUGUUGGUGCCACCACUAGACCAGGGGGACACAACUGCCCACAGCAGCAGUGCCCAGGCUGACCCCAAAGCCCCCAAACAGCCAGCUACCACCACCUGCCAUGCUCUGCCCCCAGCUGCUCUACUCUGUGACAUGAGGGAGGCAGGGGCUGGCGGCUGCUCCCAUGCCCUGCCUGCCACAGGGAUCCUGGCCUUUCCCAAACUAGUGGCGUCAGUGAGCGAAUCUGGGCUGCAGGCUCAGCAUGGGGUGAAGAUCCACUGUAGGUUGUCUGGGGGGCUCCCUGGGCACUCCCAUUGCUGUGCCCACCCUUGGGGUCCCACCAGCUUAGCACCAGAGCCUGGCUCUAGGACCAAAGAUGUGUGGACCAUGACCUCAGCCAGUGACUUGGCCCCUGCAGAGGCAUCUCCACUGUCAGCCCAGGAUGCGGGUGUGCAGGUAGCCCCAGUGGCGGCCUGCAAGGCUGUGGCCACUAGUCCAUCCCUGGAAGCGCCUGUGGCCCUGCACGUGUUCCCAGAGGUAACUCUGGGGUCCAGCCUGGAGGAGGCAUCGUCCCCUGUGCGGGAUGUGCGAUGGGAUGCUGAAGGCAUGACAUGGGAGGUGUAUGGAGCUGCAGUGGACCCGGAGGUACUCGGCGUGGCCAUCCAGAAGCACCUUGAGAUGCAGUUUGAGCAGCUGCAGCGGGCGCCCACCAGCGAAGACAGCCUGUCCGUGGAGGGCCGGAGAGGGCCACUGCGGGCCGUCAUGCAGUCUCUGCGGCGCCCUAGCUGCUGUGGCUGCUCCAGUGCGGCCCCUGAGUAAGGAGCUGCAGCGCCCGGAGCAGGCCUGGGCCUAUGGACUUGGUCCUAGACCUGGGCCAGGGACGGUGGGGGCUCCAUGCCCCCUGGACCCACAGGCAGCCAGGCACGUCUGUCACCUGAACGUCAGCUGCCUCCAGACCACAGGACUGCAGCCUGGGCUUCCUGCCCCAUGCAGCUGGGCUGUUUUCUUAAGGGCUUGAUUUUCAAGGGCCACAUCUCUGUACCUUCUGGGCUCUGAACUUUGAGACAGGGAUUCAGCACUGUGCACAGGGAAGAUCCUGAGUUUUCUGUAAAAGUCAUUUUGUUCACUCUA